GUCUAGGUUACCAGGUCAUAAAAUUAAAAAAAAUAAUCAGCAUUAUCUUUCUAUCCAAAUUCCAAUGUUGGAUGGUUGAAUUGAAUACAUGCAUUACCCAGUAAUAUAAACAUGACUUCUAGUUUAUGAACUAUAAUCCCUUUUACAAGAAGCCUACUUUGACUCUUUGUUACGGAUUUAAGGUUUAGCUGUUUGUUUCAGACUCUUUACUCCUCAACAAACCUAAAUUUCAAGAACUUAUAAAAAGGAGAAAAUGUCAGAUUCAAUUAAUUAUGAAGACUUAGGCAUAAAUGAGGCCUUUGACUUAAUUCGUAAAUGGAGAGACAACAAUGAGAGAAAAUUUAGCGAAUGGGUUCUAGUCUGGGAAAAAAUAUAUAAAAAUUUAGAUAGUAGACCCAAUGAAAAAUAUAUAGUUGCAGAACAGCUAUUAGUUGCCAUGCUUGACCAACAUAGUUAUAAUAUGGCUCUUAUGUGGUUGGAACUCCUACUUGAACAGUUCCCUGGAAGUCUUAGGGUUAUGAGGUACAAAGCACUCUGCCUCGAAGCUCAAGGGCAAUACGAUACGGCGCAAUACGUCCUAGACGAAAUCAUAAAAGUGGACGAGACCAAUGCACCUGCGCGCAAGCGUCGCGUGGCCUCGCUGAAGGCCCAAGGCCUGCUCUCCGACGCCAUAAAAGAGCUCGUCGACUACCUGAAGAGGUUCACGGCGGACAUGGAGGCGUGGCAGCAGCUGGCCGAGCUGUAUCUGGAGGUGGCCGAUUACUCGCGAGCCCUCUUCUGCACCGAGGAGCUACUUCUUCAUCAGCCGCACAAUCAUCUGCUCCACCAGCGACUGGCCGACAUCCGCUACACCAUGGGAGGCGUCGAGAACAUGGAGCUGGCCAAAGCUCACUACUGCCAGACUCUGAAGCUGAACCCAAACAAUGCGAGGGCUCUUCUGGGUCUCAAUCUGGUGACGAAUAACCUUCUGGGGCACUACAAGUCUUCGGGCGGUGCCAAGCGCAAAGAGGUGUGGAAGCUGUCCCGGUGGGUGCACUCCGAACUCGGCCGACGGCAAGCCGACGCCCAUUCGCUCACCGACCUCAUGCUCGCCAUUUCCAUUGCGGACUGAUAUGUCACCGACCCAUGUGCACACAUAUCGUUGCGACGGUCGGCUCGUCGUAUACGAAGUUAUCUUUGGGGCAAAUUUAAUUGUAUACAAACAACUGUACGAAAAUGGCAAAUAUAUAAAUAUAUUAUUAUACAUAUAUCCAUUGAAGAAUAAAUAAAUUCCUUUUGCCAAUUGCCUGCAAUGGAAUUACGAAGCUGGAUCAGGUUUGGGUUAAAACUAUAGUUUUGAUUGUCUUUAUUUUUGGGUAUGUUUAUGAGCUAUGUCUUUAUUUUAAUUGUUACGUAGUAAAUUUUCGCUACUGGAAAGCCAUGCUUUCUAGUAUUCAACAUUUCGUUUCGAAUUUUUUAAUAAUACCGACAAAAUAUAUAUGUUUCAUAAAUUAUUAUAUGAGACAAAGCUGGACAUUUAGAUCACUCAAGAUUCGUCUUGUUUGGCCAGACGCGAGCGAAUUCGAUAACUCAAAUCGUUCUCGACUAGAAUAGAUAAUAAUAAUAAAUACUGUUAUAUUUUACUUUUUACCCAGGUACCGUAUGAUUAUUUAUCAUAAUAUGUUUAUAAAAUUUAUAAAAUAAAUAAAGCACCUUCAACAUGUA